AAGGGCUUCAGUGAAACAGCCCAGCACUGAAUUAACUGUACCAGAGGAAGCAAGCAGCUAAUCUAGAAAUUAACUUUCAGAAACAAGACAUCUAAGGAAUGCUGCAUCUUUGCACGUUUCUCCUUGCUAGCAUGACUGCUUUCCGAACAUGUCCCAGUUGUAUUCUGGUGAAAGUGUGCUGUGUAGUUUGAACUUGUAUCAGAGAAGAAGCCUGGAGAAGUCCACUAUGGAACGUAACACUAACAACAGAAGUGAGAUAUAGGAACCAGUGGUUGUGUCAACAAGCUGAUGGACGAAGAUGAGAAGGACAGGGCAAAGAGGGCAUCACGCAACAAAUCUGAGAAGAAAAGGAGAGACCAGUUCAAUGUUCUUAUUAAGGAACUGUGUACAAUGCUCCAGGGGCAAGGCCAUCCUCGAAAGAUGGAUAAAUCUACAAUAUUGCAAAGAACAAUUGAUUUUCUACAAAAGCAGAAAGAAAUUACCGCACAGACAGAAGCGUGUGAAAUUAGACAAGACUGGAAGCCUUCAUUUCUUAGCAAUGAGGAGUUCACUCAGUUGAUGUUAGAGGCUUUAGAUGGUUUCCUAAUAGCACUUACUACUGAUGGAAAUAUUAUUUAUGUAUCUGAUAGUGUUUCAUCUCUUCUCGGCCACCUACCAUCAGAUUUAAUGGACCAAAACAUACUGAAUUUUCUCCCGGAACAAGAACAUGGAGAAGUUUAUAACCUGCUGUCUACGCACAUGUUCAUGACAGACCCCAAUACAGCUCAGUUCCUUAAUGCUGAAAAGCACGCUGAAUUUUGUUGCCAUUUAGUAAGAGGAGCCUUAGAUCCAAAUGAGACCCCUACCUAUGAGUAUGUAAAAUUUGUUGUGGAUUUUAAGUUUCACUCCAAUGUGCCUACAUCCUCUUGCAAUGGCUUUGAGCUAGCCGUUUCAAGACCAUUCAGGUCAGCCACUGUGGAGCAAGCCUGCCUUGUGGCAACUGUGCGACUAGUCACACCACAAUUUGUAAAGGAGCUUUGCACUGUUGAAGACCCCUUUGAUGAAUUCACAUCAAGACAUAGCUUGGAAUGGAAAUUUUUAUUCCUGGACCACAGGGCUUCUCCGAUUAUAGGCUAUUUACCAUUUGAGGUGCUGGGAACAUCAGGUUAUGACUAUUACCAUAUAGAUGAUCUUGAGCUUCUAGCAAGAUGUCAUGAACACUUGAUGCAGUUUGGGAAGGGAAAGUCAUGUUACUACAGAUUUCUGACCAAAGGACAGCAAUGGAUCUGGCUUCAGACUCACUACUAUAUCACAUACCACCAGUGGAAUUCAAAGCCUGAGUUUAUCGUUUGCACACAUACAGUUGUGAGUUAUACAGAAGUUCGAGCAGAAAAACGAAGGGAGCUUGGCCAUGAAGAGUCAUCUGUAGAUCUUGCUUCAUCUUCACUUAAGUGUCCCAGUGAUUUUAUUGAAAUCAGACAAUGUGGAAAUAUCCAGGAAGCCAGCAGGGACAGGCUUUCAGUCUCUUCUAUUAGUUCUAGAAAAUCAUCUCACACUGUGAUGUCUGACUCUGCCUCCACUUCAUCUAUGAGACAUGCAGAAGCAGACACUCCAUCAAGACAAUCAAUAUCCGUAGUGCAACAAGAGAAGGGUUCCCAAAGGAUACAACCAAGCAGCUCUCAGGGCCUUCUAACACUAUCCACACCAGCGGAUCAUUUUCAACAGCAUGUCACCCAGCCUACAAUGUCUAAUCAACAUCCAGUCCUGCAGCCCGUCUACCAGUUUCCACCCCAACAGCUUGAAAUAAUGCAUCAGUUAAAGGAGAAGUUGGAGGCCAGGACACUCAAGCUGCAGGCUGACAUCAAAACUCAACAGGAGGAACUGCAUAUUAUCAAAGAACAGCUUCAGUUUGUCCAGGGGUCUAACCUUCAGAUGUUGCUGCAACAAUCCAUGCCUCUGGAGCUUAAUAAUGUCCAAGGCCAGGAAAGAACCCCUCCAGAACCACAGCAGCAGCGCCUUCAACCAGCAGUCAUCAAGCCUUCUAUAGAUUGUGCAAAACAGACUCAAAGUACAAUGGAUUCACAACAAUUCUGUGACCAUUUAUCCUCAGUUCAGUUUCUCAGGGACACUACUGUGCCAUCUACCCAGCAUCAUGUGAUGAGCAACCGACUGCAGCAGAUCUGCCUCCCGAUACAGAACCACACCAGCUUCUCUUUGCCUGUGUACAGUAACCCCAUAUCGUUUACUCAGACAAACCCAAUAACAGUCACUGCUCAGAUACCUUCCAAUGUGACCCAAAGCCAGCCUUCUCAAAACUUCAGCCAGGAUAGCCAUAUAAGGUAUGUCCACGAUCAGCAAAUGUUGCCAUCAUCUGUAUCCCUGCAUCCCAUCUCCUCUAGCACUGUUGUGGUUCCAUCCCCUUCUUACACGGCUUCAGUGGUGAUUCCACACACCGGCUUUUCUGCACAGCAAACACAUGCACUGAUCCACUGUCCACAACAGCAGCCACAGCAACAACUACAACAACACUCCUACCUUCAGCAGAUACAACACCUUCAGUCAAUGCAAGGUGGCCAGACAUCACAUCUCUUCCCCCAAACACAAGUAGCAGCGCAGAAUAUUAUGGGAUAUUUUCCAGCACAACAACAACAACAACAGCAACAACAACAACAACAAGCUCACCAUAACCAGAAUCCUUCUAGUACCUUGUCGGAUUUACCCAACAUGCAGCUGCUAUGAAGAUCCCUCAACAUGAUGAACCCAAAACAAGCAAUCUGGAGAGCACUGCGAUGUGUGAGGAGUAACAGUGGAUUUUAAAAGCACGUAUUGAAGGCAUUGCAUUUUGUGGUUGGUAAAAUGAUGUUACCAAAGAUUGCCUGUGUUGUAAAACAGAAUACAGGAGAAAUCUAAGUAAGCAACACAAAUGCCAUACCAGAAAACAUGUUAUUUUGAUUCAGACACACUCCCUAACUUCUUAUAUUGUCAUGCCCUGUAAAACUCUACAGUAGUAUUGCUGCAAAACUUGCAUCCACUCAUUUCUACUGGGACAUCCAUGUAAAACAUUGAGAUCACAUUUGUUCCUGCCAGUAUGCUGAGUAUGGCAAUUAAAAGAAUGUUAAUUGUUUGUAUAUAGCAAGAGCUAGUGAUCCAUAGGAAUUCGCCGCAGCAUUAUAACAUCGAAACAUAUUUUGAAGUCCCUGUGUUGGCACCCGGGACUUACCCACUCAUCUCUGAUCGCAUUUCGCAUCCCGUGUGCAUACUGAUAUUGGUGGAAGGAACAACUCAGCCUCUGUUCUGCACCAAGAUGAACUGCUUUCUGAGCCAUAGUGCAGAAAAGUCUGCAUUCUUACAAACUUCACUGUGUCCACACUACACCUAGCAAACUUAUUCCAGGUGCACAGAAAUAGAAUACAUUUAACAAGUAACUCUGCUCACUGUGAAAUUAAAGACGUUUAUUUCAGAUUGAAGCCCUAAGAAGUCAAGUAGCUAUAUUUCUACAUACAACUGCAUGUGCUUGUGUUUGUUAGUUUGUAUUUAUGUCUGUUGGUAGCAGAUCAAUGCACAUAUGUCACUUACUCAUGUUUCUGGACAGUAUAUACUGUACGUUUUGCACUUUCACUGUAUACAAGAAAUAUUUCCACAUGCAGUAGAAAAAUGCUCAGUCGCUGUUCAUGUUUUGGACAAGUAGAACAGGUGACUGAUAUCUGUGCAAUUCCUUUUUUCUGCCCCAUGACUUUGCACAUGUACAUAAGAGAAGCAGCAUUCUGAAUAUGGAGUGUUUAGAAAUGCUAACAAACACUGCCAACUUACAACAGUGAGGGUAUGAAUCUGGCUUGCACCAUGGCAACAUCUUCAGCUGUAGCCACAUGAAUGAUAAUUUUACCCGCGUGGUAAGUGUAGGCAAGAGUUGUUUUACUCAUCGACAAAUGACAGUAUUGUGCCUCUAGAGAAUGUCGUUAUAACUUGGAACCCAAAUACUUUUUAAGUUAAAUUGAAAUUUAAGAAUAUAAAUAAAAUAACUUUAUAUCAGAUAAAUGCAAAUCAUAUUUUGUUAAACUCAUAGUUGUCUGUGCAAUAUCUGAAGAGCAGGACAGAAGUUGGAGGACAAGAUCAUUUCAUUUGUUCGUAGUCAUAUAAAUGGGAAGAUAAAAGUACUGUUAGCAAUAAAAUGUAUUUUUGUAAGCGACUGAGAGAUCCUGUUUUAAAUUGUAAUGUUUAUAUAUCAUGAAUCAGUAUAGUCCAAAAAUGAUUGAUGGUUGGGACAUACUUUUACAGGCAGCAUCUUAUGAAAAUGUGUUUAUUUUUCUGGAAUGUUUUUUUUACCUUCGUGGUACUACAACAGUAAG